GCGGAGCGCCCGCCCAUGGCGUCCGUGUCCUCCUCCCCGUGCGCGUCGCAGGCCGUCCUCCCCGUCCCGCUGCCGCUCCACCUCCUGCCCCGCUGCCGCUUGCCCAGGCUGCCUCUCCCGCCGCUAGGGCUCUCCGCCGGCGCGCGGAGGGGAGGAGGUAUCCUUCUGCCGCUCACACCCCCGGCGCCGCGGGCCGCGGAGGGGAAUGAUGGGCGGGCCGUUGCCGAGGAGCAGGAUUCCGAAGAGGAGGAGAGGGGAGGAGAUGGCGGUGCCCGAGACGCGGAGAGCGCGGGGGCAUCGAGGGGCUCGGGACGCUUCGCCGCGGACUACGUCUCGCUAGGCAUCAAGGAGCCCGUCUACGAGGUCAUAGAAGUGAAGUCUAACGGAAGGGUGUCUACCGAAAAGAUAAGCCGGCGGCAGCUACUGAAAUCAAGUGGCCUCCGUCUACGAGAUACCAGAAGUGUUGACCCAUCACUAUGGCUAAUGAAUUCAAUGCCUUCGCUGCUGGUACGUGAACAAGCAAUAUUACUCAAUCUUGGUUCGUUGAGAGCAAUUGCUAUGCAUGAACGUGUCCUUAUAUUCAACUAUAACAGCCCAGGAGGAAAGGCCUUCUUAGAGUUAUUACUACCCCGGUUAAAUCCGAGGAACAUCAAUGGCGGGCCUGCAAUGCCUUUUCAACUUGAGGUUGUCGAAGCCGCACUGCUUUCGAGAAUACAAAGGUUGGAGCGAAGAUUAAUGCAUGUUGAGCCCCGAGUAGCCACGUUGCUUGAAGUUCUACCAAAUCGGUUGACAGGUGAUGUUCUGGAGCAGCUUCGUCUAAGCAAACAAUCACUGGUUGAGCUGGGUUCACGAGCCGGUGAUCUCAAGCAAAUGCUCAUUGAUCUCCUAGAAGAUCCUCAUGAAAUUCGUAGAAUAUGUAUUAUGGGGAGAAAUUGUACACUAGAUAAAUUGAGCGAUGAUGUGGAAUGUUCUGUUCCUUUAGAGAAGCAUAUUGCUGAAGAAGAAGAGGAAGAAAUUGAAAUGCUAUUGGAAAAUUAUCUUCAAAGAUGUGAAUCAUGCCAUGGUCAGGCAGAGAGACUUCUUGAUUCUGCAAGAGAAAUGGAAGAUUCAAUUGCAGUGAACUUAAGUUCCCGGAGACUGGAGGUAAGCAGGGUGGAGCUGCUUCUUCAGGUUGGAACAUUUUGCGUUGCUGUAGGAGCACUAAUUGCAGGAAUAUUUGGCAUGAACCUUACAUCGUACCUCGAGACGAACUCGUGGGCAUUUUGGGCGACAACUGGUGGAAUAGCAGUCGGGGCAGUAGCUGGAUUUUUCCUCAUGUACCGGUACCUAAAGGCUAGGAAGAUAUUGUAAAACAUGCACCACGCAUAUGUACACCUAGAAACUGUAAAUAUAGCGGUUUUGAUCUGGUUCGGAGGCACAUAUAGAUUCUCGCGAUUGUUAUGGUGCGCCUGAUGGAUGCGUGCAUAGCGGCACGGGCUGCUGCCUGCUGGUAUUGAUACCCCAUUUCUGCUGCUACAACUCGGAGGCCCUACGAGGGAGGGUAGCACCGGAACCUGUUAUACUGCUGGGACCUAGGAAUGUGAUUCCUGAUUGAGCAGAGAAGUGUAAAUCUGAAACUUAUCAAUGUUACUGAUGAUGACCUUGGAAUCCAUGUAACAUCUCCAAACCCAUUUUUUUGCACCCUCUUCAA